CUUCGCGAGCAGCUCAAGUCAGCCGUUCGUCUGGAACAGGCCGACCGACUGUCUCUUGACACCCGAGCGAAGUAAUGAUGCAACAUUGCACUUCUCUUUAGCAUUGCUAUAUACCCCGGAGCAUAUGGCUCUCAGUAGAUGAUCAUUUCGAAAUCCCAAAUAUGUUUCAAGGAGCCUAUUAUAAAAGAAACUAGUAGUUCUUAUCUGAGAAGCAAGCCAGAGCUCAAAAAUGGUAUAGCUGGAUCCUGAUGCUGCAGUUCUCUAUUCUAUCCACCAUGAGCGACAAAACGCCCAUUUAAGCAUGUGACUUCGCGAAGGUCGAGAUGCGCGUCGGCGCGUCGACUUCCGCUCUCGAAUCCCGAGUCACCCUGGCCACUCCAUCGCAGCAAAUUCCCUUUCCAAGCUACUUUCGAGGCAAUCGGCACCCCGCGGGUACCUGCAAAAUUUUCUCCAGACUCCAGUAUCUCAGGAUGGCCGGCGCCGGGGGCACGAAACGCACGGCGUCCCCCACUAGGCCUAUAUCGCCGCCCCCACUCAAGAGGAAGAUCGAGUCUACUGUCACUAAAAAGGCUCUCUCCUCCUUCUUUACUCCGGUGUCUCAGAAGAAGCCCGAACAGAUCACCUGGCGGGUUAUCAACAACAGUGCUGUCAUUGGCAAGUAUAUUUCAGAAUCGGGUCACAAACAAAGCACAGAGAAGCCCAGGAUUGCUGCAUUUGACCUGGAUUCGACGCUCGUCUCGACAGCCUCCGGAAAUACAUUCCCUAGGAACUCUUCCGACUGGAAGUGGUGGCAUGCUACGGUGCCAUCGAAGCUCAAGGAGUUGAACGAGAAUGGGUAUGUAUUGAUGGAAUCCCAUCUUUGCAGCUACUACGUGGUGGUCGUCACGAAUCAGAAGAAGAUCAGUCUCAAAAAAGACCUCAAAGGGGGCUCAAGUGACUCAAAGAGCCUUACCAACUUCAAGGAGAGAGUGAUGGCCGUCAUGAAGCAACUUGACAUCCCUUUGAGUGUCUACGCGGCCACAGAAGACGAUGAAUACAGGAAACCGAGAACAGGAUUAUGGGAUGAAAUGCUAGACGACUACGAUUUUGAUGUGGCAGGAGUCAAUCUGUCUGAGUCCAUAUUCGUUGGGGACGCCGCUGGACGACCGAACGACCAUUCCCAUGUAGACCGUGGAUUUGCUAUUAACAUCAAAGUACCAUUCAAGACACCCGAGGAAUUCUUUCUCAACGCUGACCCAGAGCCACUCGUGGAACCGUUCGACCCGAGUCUAUACCUGCAAGCAGAGUCUAGCGACGAUGUGGCUCCGCCCUUCUCCCGCCAGAGCCCUCUUGAGCUGGUGAUAUUCUGCGGCAGUCCUGGAGCCGGCAAGUCAUCGUUCUACUGGGACUACCUGGAACCGCUGGACUACGAGCGAGUCAACCAGGACCUUCUCAAGACGCGCCCUAAAUGCAUCAAAGUGGCCAAGGAACACCUUGCAGCCGGAAGAUCCGUGGUUGUCGACAACACCAACGCGGACCCCGAAACCAGAGCUCACUGGGUCGAAGUCGCAACGGAAUUCCACGUCCCGAUCCGCUGUGUCUACUUCAGUGCUUCCCCGUCCCUCUGCCGGCAUAAUAAUGCGGUCCGUGCCGCAAACAAAACCCUGAACCCCGAAUCCAGAACCCUCCUUCCUGGAAUCGCAUUCGGGGAUUUCCUGCGCCGGUUCAAGGAGCCCUCCAUAGACGAAGGCUUCAAGGAUAUCAUCCGAGUCGACUUCCAGUUCCGCGGAGACCAGGACGCCAAACGACUGUGGGGACAGUACUGGGUAUGA